UUCCCACUAACACCCCUCCCCGUCCCAACCUCACCGCGUCCGGCACGCGGACGUUCGGCCUAUGUCCUCGUGACCCACGUGUGGGGGCGGGACUGACUCGCUCCGCUCCUGGCGUCACGCCUCGAGCAUGCGCGAGGCGAGGAGCUGGGAAGAGUCCGGUUCAGGGAGCGAGGCCGCUACGCUACUAACGCCAUGGCAGAGGAGCUGCCCCCCUCCCUCUUCUUCCAGCACCAGUACAUGUGCUCCGAGUGCGGCCUGCUCUACAACACGCUGGAGGAGGUGCUGAUCCACCAGCAGAGCCACCUCGGGGAGCCCUGCCAGCCCCCCGGCGCUGCCCCCGCUGUGGCCCUGGACGUGGGGCCCCUGCAGGAGAACCACUACCAGUGCCUGGAGUGCGGGCGCGUCCUGCUCUCGCCCGACGAGCUGCUGGCCCACCAGAGCCUGCACCCCCGCCAGGCGCCCGCCCGCCCGGCCCCCCCUGCCUCCGCCAGCCAGAUUCACUACCAGUGCGGCGAGUGCAAGGAGCUCUUUGCCGCGCCUGACCUGUGGCUGGCCCAUCGCCAGAGCCACAAGGCCCAGGAGCCCGUGGCCGCCCCCCAGCUGCCGCCCCCUCCCCCGCCAGCCCCCUCUCCGGCCCAGCCGGCCAUGCACCCCUACGAAUGCUCGGAGUGCGCCGGCCUCUUCCAGACGCCUGAGGAGCUGCUGGAGCACCAGGGCGAGCACUUCACCGAGACGGAGAAGGAGAGCGGGGAGCCGGCUGUGCCUGAGGGGGUCAAACAGGAGGUCCCCAGCUCCCCCACCCCCUCACAGCAGAUGCCGACGCCGGCUCCUCCCCGGGCCUGGCGCUGCGGCGAGUGCAAGCAGGAGUUCGGCACGGCGGAGGAGCUGCGGCGCCACCGCCGGGAGCACGCCUCGGAGGAGUUCCUGUGCAGCGAGUGCCAGCGCAGCUUCACCACGGCCAACCGGCUGCUGGCUCACCAGCGCGUGCACGUGGACGGCACCCACGAGUGUCCCAACUGCAGCAAAGUCUUCAAGAAGGCGGCCUCGCUGGAGCAGCACAUGCGCAUUCACAAGGGCGAGGCCCUGUACCUGUGUGUCGACUGUGGCCUGGGCUUCGGCACCGAGAUGACGCUGGUGGUGCACCGCAAAAGCCACACGGCCAACCCCCUGCACCGCUGCGCCUGCGGCAAGACCUUCAGCAACAUGACCAAGUUCCUCUACCACCGCCGCACCCACGCAGGCAAGAGCGGGGCCCCGCCGGCCCGCACUCGCACCCCCGAUCUGGAGCCGGCCCAGCCGCCCGAGCAGGAGCCGCCCGCCGCCGGGGCGGUGAACGGCUCACCGGUGCCCCCUGCCGCCGCUGGCUUCCUGUGCCCGCAGUGCGGCAAAGAGUUCUCCAGCCACAUCCGCAUGGUGCGGCACAAGCGGGUGGUGCACGUGCUGGAGCGCAAGCACAAGUGCCCCACCUGCGGCAAGACCUUCAAGAAGCUGGUGCACGUCCGGAACCACCUGCGCACGCACACCGGGGAGCGCCCCUUCCAGUGCACCGAGUGCGGCAAGACCUUCGCCUCCCAGGCCAACCUGAUGCGGCACCACCUGACACACACCGGCGAGCGCCCCUACCAGUGCGACGUCUGCCAGAAGCGCUUCACCCAGUCCUCCAACCUCCAGCAGCACCGGCUGCUUCACUCGGGCGCCGGCCCCUUCCCCUGCCAGGACUGCGACGCCACCUUCUCGCGGGCCCACAAGCUGGCCCUGCACCGCGUCAGCCACACGGGCCAGCUGCCCUUCCAGUGCCCCGAGUGCGACAAAUCCUUCGCCCGCAAGCGGCUGCUGGAGCUGCACCGGCUGGCCCAUGCCGGGCGCGAGCCCCACCGCUGCCCGGACUGCGGCGCCCUCUUUGUCCGCCUGGCCAAGCUGGAGGAGCACCGCUGUGCCCACAAGAAGCUCUACCCGUGCCCGGCCUGCGGGAAGUGCCUGGGUUCCCUGGCCAAGCUGGCGCUGCACCAGCUGGUGCACUCCGGCCAGCGCCCCUUCACCUGCAGCCUCUGCGGCAAGGGCUUCACCAACCCGAGCGGGCUGAACCGGCACCAGCAGCGCCACACGGGCGUGCGCCCCCACAAGUGCCCGCUCUGCUCCAAGAGCUUCGUGGCAGCCUCGGGGCUGCAGCUGCACCAGCGCACGCACACCGGCGAGCGCCCCUUCCCCUGCCCGGAGUGCGGCAAGGCCUUCCGGCAGGCCACCCACCUGCGGGAGCACCGGCGGCUGCACACCGGCGAGCGCCCCUACCCGUGCCCGGAGUGCGGCAAGGCCUUCGUCCAGUCCAUGCACCUGGCCGAGCACCGGCGCAUCCACACCGGGGAGCGCCCGCACCGCUGCCCACACUGCACCAAGGCCUUCAAGACCCUCUCCAACCUGCGCAGCCACCGCAAGACGCACGGGGCUGCCGCUGCCCCCCCAGCCCCGCCGGCUGCCCAGCCCACCCAGACCAUCAUGUGCACCGAGUUCGGGGAGACCAUCGCCAUCAUCGAGACGGCGGAGCCGCUGCCCCUGGUGGAGACCAUCGAAAUCUACCAGGCUGCUCUGGAGGGCAGCCUCCAGGUGGACAAUCUGCAGGUCAACGCCUUCGUAUAGGGGUGCAGCCCCCCCUGUAAAUAAAAGUUCUGGUUUUGCCCGUUUGCCUGCCCGGCCCCCCCGCUGCGUCUCACCCUGGUACGGAGGGAGGGGGGGUCGCUGGCUGGGUAGGGGGGCAGUGUGUCCUUCCCCCCCCUUUCUCUCCAGGCACCCCCCCCAUGGCUGACUAGGAGGGGUGGGGCUUUAAACGGGGGCCUUCCAAGCUUCCCUCCAGGCGAUCUUGUUCUGGAAGGGGACUGGGGGGGUCAAGAACCCAGCCAGGGGAAGGGGGCUCAGGAGGAAUCCCCUCCCCAUAGCUGCUCCUUGUUGCCAAAUCAGUACCACCCUUUGCCCCUUUCCUUGCCAGGGUGUGGGGCAGGGGCAGCAGGCUUGGGAUUGGCCAGCAUGGCACCCAUAUGGCUUGGUGUGCACCAGGGAGAUGGGGGGACUGGGACAGGGGGCACUAGCUCCCAUCUGCCCCCAGGGCAAGGGAUUGGCAGGGGGGUAGAAAGGGGGCAGGAUGCUGCCCCAGCCCCCUUUGCUCUGGGCUGUUCUGAGCUCAGGAGAGGCCAAGCAACCUGUGACCUCAGCUCUGGCCUGGGCCCUAGAGCAGGGGCCUCCCCCCACCCCUUGGCAGCAGGAGAAGAGGGAGCAGCAGGCCCAGCCUUGGACCUGGCUGGAGGGUGCCCCCCACACCUUCAGCUGGGUGACCACUGCCAGCAGGGGGGAAACAGAGGCAGGACAGAGGUGGGGAGAGAACCCAGGAGUCCUGACAGCCACGGUUCUAGUGCAAGGCACCGCUCUCCCCGUGCCGGAGGCUGAGGCUCUCCCCGGUUACUUGUUGGGCUGGAGCAGCACUGGGGCACUAAGCACUGCCCCCUGGCAUGGCCCUACACUUGGCCCUCCA